AUGUCGAACCCCCUCGAUACCGAUGCCGGCUCUGAGCUCUUCAACUCGUACGAGGCCGAGCUCAAGCUCGUCCAGGCCGACCUAUCGCAAAAGAUGGAGCAGAUCCCCGAGCUGACGGGUGAGCCGCGCAAGGCUGCCAUAAGUCAGGCCGAGCGCGCGCUGGAGGAAGCCGACGAACUGCUCGGCCAGAUGCGCCUUGAAAAGUCCAACAUCCCCACCUCGUCCCGCGGCAAGGUCAACCAGCGCUUCCGCAACUACGAGUCCGACGUCGACACCAGCCGUCGCAAGCUGAACGACCUCUCCUCGGACCGCUCUGCCCUCUUUGGCUCUCGCUACACCGAUGACCCGUCCGGCCCCUCCGAUAUUCACCUCGAGCAGCGCCAGCAACUGCUUUCCGGCACCGACCGCCUGGACCGCAGCACCCAGCGCCUCAAGGCCAGCCAGGCCCUCGCCAACGAGACCGAGGACAUUGGCGCCGGCACCCUGGCUGACCUGCACAGGCAGCGGGAGACGAUUCAGCACACCCAUGACCGGCUCAUGGAGAGCGAGGGCUACGUCGACCGCAGUGUCAAGACUCUGAGGGGCAUGGCCCGUAGGAUGGCUACGAACAGGAUAAUCACAAUCUCGAUCAUCACUGUUUUGGUUUUGUUGAUUCUGCUCGUCAUCUAUAGCAAGUUUAGGUAA